AUGUCAUCCCUCACUGUCAGAGACCAGUCUGAUUCGCUUGAAGACAGGAUUUCACAUUGGGGUUGCAACCCUUGGAUUUGGUAUUCUCCACCCAACCCCUUUAUCUGCUAUACUCCUCCAACCCCAACCACUGGAUCUGCUAUACUCACCCACCCCAACCCCUGGAUCUACUAUACUCCUCCAACUCCAACCCCUGGAUCUGCUCUACUCCCUCAACCCAAUCCCUGGAUCAGCUAUACUCCCCCAACACCAACCCCUGUAUCUGCUAUACUCCCCAACCACAACCCUUGGAUCUGCUAUAUUCCCCAACCCCAACCCCUGUAUCUGCUAUACUCACCAACCCCAACCCCUGGAUCUGCUAUACUCCCCCACCUCAACCCCUGUAUCUGCUAUACUUCCCAACCCCAACCCCUGGAUCUGCUAUACUCCCCAACCCCAACCCCUGUAUCUGCUAUACUCCCCAACACCAACCCCUGUAUCUGCUAUACUCCCCAACCCCAACCCCUGGAUCUGCUAUACUCCCUAACACCAACCCCUGGAUCUGCUAUACUCCCCAACCCCAACCCCUGGAUCUGCUAUACUCCCCAACCCCAACCCCUGUAUCUGCUAUACUCCCCAACCACAACCCUUGGAUCUGCUAUAUUCCCCAACCCCAACCCCUGUAUCUGCUAUGCUCCCCAACCCCAACCCCUGGAUCUGCUAUCCUCCUCCAACCCCAACCCCUGGAUCUGCUAUACUCCCCCACCUCAACCCCUGGAUCUGCUAUACUCCCACACCUUAACCCCUGGAUCUGCUACACUCCCCAAACCUAACCCCUGGAUCUGCUAUACUCCCCAACCACAACCCCUGGAUCUGCUUUACCCCCCAACCCCAACCCCUGGAUUUGCUAUCCUCCACAACUCCAACCCCUGGAUCUGCUCUACUCCCCAACCCCAACCCCUGUAUCUUCUCUAUACUCCCCCAACCCCAACCCCUGGAUCUGCUAUACUCCCCAACCACAACCCUUGGAGAUCUGCUAUAUUCCCCAACCCCAACCCCUGUAUCUGCUUUACUCCCCAACACCAACCCCUGUAUCUGCUAUACUCCCCCAGCCCCAACCCCUGGAUCUGCUAUACUCCCCCACCUCAACCCCUUGAUCUGCUUUACUCGCACACAUUAACCCCUGGAUCUGCUACACUCCCCAAACCUAACCCCUGGAUCUGCUAUACUCCCCAACCACAACCCCUGGAUCUGCUAUACUCCCCAAUCCCAACCCCUGGAUCUUCUAUACUCCCCAACCCCAACCCCUGUAUCUGCUAUACUCCCCCACCCCAACCCCUGGAUCUGCUAUACUCCCCAACUCCAACCCCUGGAUCUUCUAUACUCCCCAACUCCAACCCCUGUAUCUGCUAUACUCCCCAACCACAACCCCUGGAUCUGCUAUACUCCCCAACCCCAACCCCUGGAUCUUCUAUACUCCCCAACCCAACCCCUGUAUCUGCUAUCCUCCCCAACUCCAACCCCUGGAUCUGCUCUACUCCCCAACUCCAACCCCUGGAUCUUCUAUACUCCCCAACCCCAACCCCUGUAUCUGCUCUACUCCCCAACUCCAACCCCUGGAUCUGCUAUACUCCCCAACACCAACCCCUGGAUCUGCUAUACUCCCCAACCCCAACCCCUGGAUCUGCUAUACUCCCCAACCCCAACCCCUGGAUCUGCUAUACUCCCCCAACCCCAACCCCUGUAUCUGCUAUACUCCCCAACUCCAACCCCUGUAUCUGCUAUACUCCCCCAACCCCAACCCCUGUAUCUGCUAUACUCCCCCAACCCCAACCCCUGUAUCUGCUAUACUCCCCAACCCCAACCCCUGUAUCUGCUAUACUCCCCCAACCCCAACCCCUGUAUCUGCUAUACUCCCCCAACCCCAACCCCUGUAUCUGCUAUACUCCCCCAACCCCAACCCCUGUAUCUGCUAUACUCCCCAACUCCAACCCCUGGAUCUGCUCUACUCACCCAUCCCAACCCCUGGAUCUCCUAUACUCCCUCAACCCAAUCCCUGGAUCAGCUAUACUCCCCCAACCCCAACCCCUGGAUCUGCUAUACUCCCCAACCACAACCCUUGGAUCUGCUAUACUCCCCAAUCAUCUUCUGUCUUAA